CACCAAAACAAAAUUUAGAACUUUUUUUAUAAAAACAAUAAUAAUAAUCAAAACAGAGAGAAGAACAAAAAAAAAUGGUGGAUACAGAUUGCAAGAGGAAGAUGGUGUCACCGGACUUACCUACCAAGCUCCACGUCACCAUCCCCUCCCCGUUCAAGCAGCUCCCUGUCUCAUCUCCCAUCUCCUGCUCCGCUCCAUCAUCUUGCUCCGCCUACGAGCUCUACCUCCGUCUCCCCGAGCUCAGAAACCUCUGGUCGUCACGUGACUUCCCUCAGUGGUCUCACGAGCCUAUCCUCAAACCCUCUCUCCAAGCUUUGGAGAUCACUUUCAGAUUGGUCUUAGCCGUAUGUUCCGACGCACGACCGUACAUCAACCACCGCGAGUGGAACCGACGGUUGGAUUCGAUCCUCACGUAUCAGAUCAAACUCAUAGCAGCCAUCUGCGAAGAGGAGGAAGAUGAUUCGGUUCCUGUCGGAGAUGGACGAAGCUCUCUCAGCUUGCUACCACAGCUAGCCACGUGGCGCAAGUCCGAAGCCUUUGGGAAGAAGAUCUUGUGUACCAUCGAUAACGAGAUGAGGUUUUGUAAGUACACGCUCGGACUCGGAGAACAGAACAUCUCCGGGAAACCUAAUCUCUUAUACGACGCCGUUUGUAAACCGAACGUGGUUUACAGCCUCAGGGACAACCCGUACGCGGAUCAUAUCGAUAACGACGAGAACCAAACGUUAUAUAUCCUUCACCAGAUCAUAGAGUCGUGGCUCCACGUUUCUGUAAACCUCUUGAGACGCAUCAACGCGAGUGUUGACGGAGGGAGGUUCGGAGAAGCGUCGAGAGAUGUCUACUUGGUGGAGAGUAUAUGGAAGCUUCUCAUUGAAGUCGAAGAUCUCCACCUCCUGAUGGAUCCCGAAGACUUCCUCAAACUCAAGAAGCAGUUACAUAUCAAGACGACCGGUAAAAACGACGCGUUUUGCUUCAGGUCUAAGGGAUUAGUGGAGAUGAUGAAGAUGUCUAAGGGUCUUAGCGAGAAGGUGCCUGCCGUGCUGGGUGUUGAGGUGGAUCCCACGGGAGGACCGAGGUUGCAAGAGGCGGCGAUGAGGCUCUACGCGAGAAAGGGAGAUCAGUGUGAUGAUAAGGUUCAUCUGCUUCAAGGGAUGCAAGCUGUGGAAGCUGCGGCGAAGAGGUUCUUCUUCGCGUAUAAGCAGGUGGUUGCGGCGAUGAUGGGAAGCGCGGAGAUGAACACGGAGUGUGACUCUGUGAGUCAGAUAUUCAUGGAGCCGACGUAUUUCCCGAGUCUUGACGCGGCCAAGACGUUCUUGGGAGAGUUCUGGAGCCACAUUGGAUGAACAAAACAAUUCUUUUUAAAUACAGCUUUUAUAUUUUAUAUAAAUUGGUGAUUAGAUGUAACUUUAAUGAAAUUUUUGAAUACAAUUCAUUUUAUACGAUC